AUGCGGGUGAACGACCCAAGAAAGAAUACUCAAUGUCAAAAAUACACAUUCGUUGAUCCAAAUACAUGGAAAAUUUACUUGGAGCGUCGUAAAACUGCAGAGUUUGAGGAAUCAAGAAAGAAACAUCAAGAGAUACAGAGUAAGAAUGUUCAUCCACAUCAUUUAGCCCGAGGAGGCUAUAAGAGAUUGCAGAAGAUUAUGAUGGAUGAGAAGAUGAAAGAACAAGAAGAAGAUGCAAGUUCAGAUCCAUCGUCAAUAGUUUCUCCUCCAUCUCCGCCAGCUAGACAUGAAAAGUGGAAGAGGGCAAGAAUGAACAAAUCAGGAAAUAUCAACAACGAAGCGACUAGAAUGGUCGUGGAAAAGAUUGAUUUUCUAUCAUUGCAAGCUUCUCAAGGAGAGUUUGUUGAGUCCGGUCGACAAGAUAUAUUGUCUAGUGCCAUAGGUACAGAUGAGCAUUGA